GAAAUAAAUGGUUUCCGAACCGCGAAGUCAGGUAUUCCCUUCCGUGGGAUAUGGCAUUCUCAAAAAAUGUUGCGAUUCUCAAUUGUUACAUUUUUUUUCUUUUUAUGCGGAAUUGCAAUCAGGAUCCACACGAUAAAGCUGCUUCGCAUUACAAAUUCUCGAAGAGCCCAACAAUCUUCUGUGCGAAAUCUGUCAUGCAAGACGCGCAAGGUCCCCUCUUUCACUUCUGUUGCCGUUCUCGCAUUACAACACUUGUCUUGAGAAUGUAACGUUUGAGAACGCCAUAUGCGAUGACCCAGGGCUCGAACAGCUCGCCUUGGUAAAAAAGGCGGGGUUCCA